AUCAUCCAAACAAUUCAACGAUCCCAACACCACCACCACCACCACCACCACCCAUACAAACGAAAUACCACCAACCCAACCGACAAAAUGCCCUUCAAACUCCUCCUCUUCGUUUCCCGCCUCCCGCACAUCUCCCCCGAGGCCUUCAAAUCCCAAUACGAAGAGCACAUCACCCUCGUCAAGCGUCUCGCAGGGGAUACCUUCCCUCUCCUCCACAAGCGGACCUACCUCGCGCGCACCACCGUCGACAUUCCCCCCGAGGGCGCAACAUCCCGCAAUGCCAACACCCCCGCCACGGUUCUCAUGGGGCAGCAGUCGGACUACGACUAUGAUGUUAUCGCGGAGAUUACCUUCGCGGAUCAGGAGGGCUUCGCGGCCUUCAGACAGAAGGUCUCUGCGCCGGAUGCGCCCGAGGCGGCGGCUGAGUUGCACGCGCAUGAGGCGAAGUUUAUGGAUGCGGAGAAGUUUGGGAUUGUGGUGGUGGGGGAUGUUUUGGAGACGAAGAGGUGA